AAUUUGCCGCUGUUUCAUAAAUUUGUGUCCACGGUGUGUGCGUGUGCUAUUGUGCCUGGAGAAAAAGCUGGCGUGACUUGAGUAGUGAUUUCCGAUCUCGCCAUUAUAUUGAGUCCAUAUGUGAACGGACCGCUUGAUGGCGAAACUAAGCAGCAGAAAUCUAUGGGCUCCUUUGGGGCCUCCUGUCCAGAAAAGUACACCCACUAGUGUCCACCAAUAUCAAUACAAUAUCACCAGUGGUACCAUAUCACCAGUUACGUAUAACCGACUCGAUAACAUACUUCUGCAGAUGGUGGUAUGUGUCCAGCUUGGGACAAAAGUUUACGGAGCAUAUUUCUUCGUCGGAACGACCCCAUGCAUCGAACAAGAAACGGUUCCUUUCCUGAAACGCAAGCGUAUGAGCUCCCCGUUCGCAUCCAAAGCCUCCGCGGUCGCCGCCAGCCGACCGCUGCGGACCUGCGCCGAAUCCUGAACCUUCCGGUCUCCAUUAAGCGCGUCGUGUCGUGCGACUUCUGCGACGUCGCGGUCUACGAAGAACCGUGGGACGAAGUCCACGUGGUAGUGCACACGGAGCGCCCGCCCUGCGACUCUUUUCAUUACGUCGUCAACAAGUGGUGCGACUUGGACAAUGUCCGCAGAGCUCUGGGUCACGGUAGGGCACUCGACCUGGACUGGUGGCUCGGGUCGUCCGAACUAGAGACCCUCUGCAACCCCUACGAUGAUAUAAUUGCUAUGGAGCACAAAGAAGUUUUCAUGGAAAAUUUCUCACUGGGAAUCUUCUUGGGCUACAAUACCUUUAUCGACCACUAUAACAGCACCGACGCCACCUCGAAAUCUGCAAGAAUCACAAAUCCCACCGUUUACUUCGAGCACUGUUCAAACGUGCUCUCCCUAUAUUUUUUGGACUCUCGCAAGAAAGGAAUUUCACCAUGGCACCGAAUGGUCGUACGGUACUCGUCCAUCUGUCGUAUAACCAUGUGCAAGAUCAAGCCUCACGAAACUAUCGUUUACCUGCACCUCUUGCACUCUCCCCUCUUGUACAAGAUCUGCAUGAGCGGAUGCAACGAAGACCGAUACGUUGACCCGUACGAACUCUACGAGUGGUCUGCAUGGGACAGGGCGACAGAGUUCGGCGACGGCGCCUCGAGGUGUACGGUAGACGUUGUUGGUAAAACCAGGGUACUCAAGAUGUCGUUCGCAGACAGGAAGCACUGGACACCUUUGAGUAACUUGGUGUUGCGUACAAAAAAUAACGCCGAAGUCGUCUAUGCCCCCGUUAAAGAGGUUAAGGCGAAGGACUUGGGCCAGGUUCCAAGACCAGGACUCGAUGACUUUGGGGCUACGUUCGCCUUGCUGAGUGUCUGGUCCGGAAGUUUCCAGGUGGCUGACGAGUUGGCAUUGUCUGGUAAGGCUAAGGAGGUCAACCGGGAAUUGAUGCAUAGAGUGGCCGAAUGUCCACGGGCGCUCGAGGAAGCACUUUUCGAGAUCUACUUCGCUUUAAGCCAGGGAAAGGUCGUAACAUUCUGCACCGCAUUGGAGAGCCUAUAUGCAAAGUAUCUUGGUUACCGUGUGUGCCAAGAGACAUGGACAGGAUCCGUGGUGGCUCAAGAACUUCCCAAACAUAUUGUUAAGGUUCGCAAGGUGAUCAUCACGCCGACGAAGAAGCUCUUUCUGCCACCGCAGCUGGUUUGCAAGAGUCGUCUCCUGCAGCAUUUUGAUCCCGAAUAUGCACUUCGAGUGGUCGUUCGCGACGACGACUGCAAGCUCAUUUCUUUCUCACUCGGAGCCUGCAAGGAACAGUUCCUCAAUGCUGUGAUUAAGCCACAGCUCAUGUCCGGUGUCAAGGUUGGCGGACGGAGGUUCCAGUUUCUGGGUUGCUCUACCUCACAGCUUCGGAACCACGGGGUGUGGUUCUACGCCAAGGAUGCAAUGGAACGAACUGCGGAAGGCAUCCGCGCCGGUAUUGGUGACCUGUCCGGUAUCCUGAGUGUACCGAAGUUGAUGGCUCGAAUGGGACAGGCCUUCUCCCAGUCCCUGGGCUUCGUGAAUGUGCCCCGACAUUACACGUUGAUGGAACAUGACAUCCGCACUCCCGUUGCGAUUGACCCGAAGCGGGACUACAUAUUCUCUGAUGGAAUAGGUCGCAUUUCUGCGCAGCUCUUAAGAAAGGUGUACAGAGCCCUGGAGCUGGAAGACGGCGAAGAACCGUGCGCUAUUCAGAUCCGUUACGGUGGAUGCAAAGGCAUGCUGCUGUUGGACCCUCGCCUCACUGGGAAGCGCAUAAUCUUUCGUCCAAGUAUGUGCAAGUUCAACUCGGACCACGAAGACCUCUACGUGCUCAAGACCAGCAAGCCACGUGUGCUCUAUCUGAACCGACCAAUGAUCACCAUCCUGGAGCAAAGCGGUAUCCGUGCGAAGGCCUUCUUGGUGCUGCAGAAUCGUGUGCUGGACUCAUUCAUUAAUAGCAUGUUGGACGCCCACGAAGCAGCCCAAGUGCUGUGCGGCUACAGCGCUAUGCGCCUUCCGUACCGGGAACUCGCAGCCGCCGGUGUGGACCUCACGGUUGAGCCAUUCUUUCGAGGCCUCAUUCGGGCUAUCAACCGGAAGGUCCUCAAGGACCUCAAGACAAAGGCUCGGAUCAUAGUCCCUCCAGACAGCGGCCGUACCAUGUUCGGUGUGUUGGACGAGACGUUCAAGCUAGAAUACGGCCAGGUAUUCGUGCAGUAUUCCAACGACAUCUUUCGGUACAAGGCGACAGAUCCUGCCACAAUCCUCAAGGGUGAUGUUAUCGUGACAAAGAACCCGUGUAUGCAUCCGGGGGACAUCCGUCGGCUGACGGCAGUCGAUAUUCCGGAACUGCAUCAUGUUAGAGACUGUAUUGUAUUCCCUGCAAAAGGUGAAAGGCCGCAUCCCGAUGAAAUGUCCGGAUCUGACUUGGAUGGCGACGAGUACUCCGUGCUCUGGUACGAGGAUCUGAUCUUCAAGAACAACUGUAGCCCGAUGCACUACAACAGCGAUCCGCCCAAAGAAAAGAAGACUCCUGUGGAGGUCCAAGACAUGAUCGACUUUUUCUGCCAGUACAUCAAGGGCGAUAAAAUAGGCCUAAUUGCCAACGCGCAUCUGGUAUGGGCCGAUAUGCUCACCGGUGGCAUCAACUCCCGACGCUGCCGCGACCUCGCGCGAAAAUGCUCGGUCAAUCUGGACUUCGCAAAGUGUGGAGAAAUCAAAGGGUUUCAGAACGCUGAGAAACCACCCAUGUACCCAGACUUCAUGGAAAAGCUCGACACAAAGAACACUUACUGUUCAAAGAAAGUCUUGGGCCAACUGUACCGCAACUGCAAGCGCGUCGAACUCAGCACCGAAUGUCUGGACGUGAUAGAGGACAGCCUUCCAGACCCAAGGCUGCUGCUGGACGGAAGAGAAGAGUUCAUCGCGUCCGCCAGAGAGUCGUACCGGCGCUACGCACACAAGAUCCGCGCGGUUCUUAAAUCGUACGGAGUCGAGUCCGAGACCGAGGCGUUUUCUGGAGCUGUCGCCAAGUUCAGCAAGUACGUCAAAGAGAAGAACGAUCCCACGGAUGUUGCCAUGGUUCUGGAAAGCCAGGUGGAACACUUGGUGCGUCGGACGCGGGAAGAGUUUUUUUCUGAAGACCAUGGCAUGGCAAUGGUCCUCUGCAAGGCGUCUGCCUGGUACCAGGUGACGUAUGACAUGCAGAGGACAGAAGGGUCAGUCCUCAGCUUUCCCUGGGUCGUGUCCGACAUUUUGAUGCGGAUACUCGCAGACCGAACGACCGCGAGCGCCCCAGUUCCCAACCGGAGGAACAGCUUCGGUGAACGCCUGGGAGACCUCAUACUUGGACCACAGCCCUUAGCCUCUGAGGAAGACGCGCAGGGCCGAAUGACUAACAACCUGUUAAAGCUGAUGUACGACUGGAUAGAUUCGAGCAAGGAGUUCCUGUAUGUCGAAGAACCGAGGGAACUUAACCUCUAUAAGGGAAUCAUGCGAGAGGUCUACUCCAAAGUGUCUCGAUCACUCGGUGCCGAAGAGGCCACCGUCAUCAUGCAGCAGUCACACAAAAUAGUCAUUCUAUGUCUUCGCUUCGCCUGUUCGUGGUGCCUCAAGAUCUUUCAGGAUGGCAGCAACGGAGAGCUAAUCAGCAAAGAGUGUAGGCGACGUUACCGGUUGGGACACCUGGCGCUUAUAACGCUCAACAGGCUGAGCGUAUCUGGAAACCUGGCGUACCUCCGCACAGCGCCGAUGGGAGCAACGGCGACCGAGCUGGUCCGCAUCUACAUCGCAAAGGACGACGAAGAGUUUUUUCUGAUCGUCCGAAGGUACGAGGAUGUUUUAGCGUCCAUCAUGAAGAACUGGUCCGGAGUGGCGGACAUUCAAAUGGAUCUGAAACAGGACCGGCUCGACGAGUGGUUCCUGCAGCUCAUGGUUACAGGAAGCAGGUGGGCCUUGGAACGGCUCAAGGAGAUCGUGGUGUACCCCUCCUUCCGAGAGGUGGUGUGCCAAGUGUUCAAGCUGAGAGAAAUGCAGACUGGUGCCAGGCAUUGAGUUGAAGGCUUCUCUUGGGGAAAUGUUUUGUUUUGCAUUGUUUCUGGUGGCGGUUAUAAAUAUGGGAUGGUUAUGAAACUGUCAAAUGGGCACUGCUAUAAGGUAAAUAUUGUAGAAUAAAAUGUUAUUCUUGU